AUGGACCACUGUAAGCACUGGAACAGUCUCCUGGACCACCGUAAGCACUGCAACAGUCUCCUGGACCACCGUAGGCACUGCAACAGUCUCCUGGACCACCGUAGGCACUGCAACAGUCUCCUGGACCACUGUAGGCACUGCAACAGUCUCCUGGACCACGAUAAGCACUCGAACAGUCUCCUGGACCACGAUAAGCACUGCAACAGUCUCCCGGACCACGAUAAGCACUGCAACAGUCUCCUGGACCAUGAUAAGCACUGCAACAGUCUCCUGGACCACGAUAAGCACUGCAACAGUCUCCUGGACCACGAUAAGCACUGCAACAGUCUCCCGGACCACGAUAAGCACUGCAACAGUCUCCCGGACCACCGUAAGCACUGCAACAGUCUCCUGGACCACGAUAAGCACUGCAACAGUCUCCUGGACCACCGUAAGCACUGCAACAGUCUCCUGGACCACCAUAAGCACUGGAACAGUCUCCUGGACCACCGUAAGCACUGUAACAGUCUCCUGGACCACCGUAAGCACUGCAACAGUCUCCUGGACCACCGUAAGCACUGGAACAGUCUCCUGGACCACCGUAAGCACUGCAACAGUCUCCCGGACCACGAUAAGCACUGCAACAGUCUCCUGGACCACCAUAGGCACUGGAACAGCUUCAACAUUCAAAUUGAAAAAAUAUCUUCUGGACAUUCCACUCAUUGA